AUGACUCAGACUCCGGAUUCUACCUCUGUGUCCCCGGGACAGACAAUCACAAUCACAUGUACAUCCAGUAAAAGUCUAGCUCACUUAAUAGCCUGGUACCAAAAGAAAGCAGGACAACCUCCUAAACUCCUCUUGUAUCACACCAGUACUCGAGCAUCUGGGAUUCCAGAUAGGUUCAGUGGAUCUGGAUCAGGAACUCAAUUCACAAUGACAAUACAAAGUGCGACUGAAGAUGAUGAAGGAAGAUAUUACUGUCAGCAAUAUAUUGAGUACCCUCUCACACAGUGA